AGUCUUCUUGCGUCUUUCGGGCACGACGCCAAUGUGUCUCUAUUUCCUCUGCGGGGACGACUUCUAAUUACAUCAGUACUUGAGAGUGUAGUGGGUGCAGAAGCAGGAGCAGGAGCGAAGCUGCGGGAGUGGGAGCAGUGCGAUUAUGAAGCCAGUGGAGAAACGAAUGCAGUAAAGCAUAAACAACCAUCUACACUGCAGUGACUUCCGCGCGGUGGAAAACGGAAAGCGAUUACUACUUCCGGUCUGGAUGGUGUAAUCGUUAACAGACGGAUGCUGCAUCUAGGAAGAGGAUGUGUGGUUAACAAAACGUCAACAAAGUGUGUAUAGUGGUGAACCUGUGGGGCCGAGCAAGAGAAAAAUCAAUCAUAGGGCGUUGUAUUGCCAGCAAACAAUGCUCGCGAAUGGAAAUUGUCGGAAGCUGUCGUUGAAUUACUGAAGUGAAAUUGAAUCUGUGUUGUGAUACAAUGUACAGUUUAAUUUGAUGCCCAAGUUGAUACAUCAAAUUGAUUGGUGUGGAAUUCUCAUGGUAAGGGGGUGCCAUGGUGAGAGAGAGUGAGAGAAUUAUGUCUUAUAGAAGGAAGAAAACUCCUUCCUUGAGUUCAGAAUCUUGAUUGGGAUAUGGUUUGAGAACGGAAACCCGAAGCACUACGGAUUGAAGGAAAAUCGAAUAAGCCACGGUUGAAAAAACUAAUGACAUAUAAGUGCCCUCUUUCAAGACACCGGAUCCCGAGAAGCAGAGUGAAGGCGCUAGAAGAAGCUUAGCAUCUUGUCGGUGAAAGAUAUUGAUUGCCCCUUUCCAGCUGAGACAGUCGCUCUUCAGCAGUGUGAAUAUCCCUCGAUGGUGGUGUGGUUUGGUGUUAGAUAUGUCCUAUCUGUGUUGGCUAUAUUGGUGAUAUCAAUAAGAUAAAAUCGUGAAAAAUCGCAUCACGCCAAGGCGAAGGCGCCAACGACGACGACGAUCGCAAAGUAUCUUGUGUGACGAAGUGAGAUUAGUUGCCAUCCAAGUGGAAAGUUCAACAAAAGUGUGGGAUUACAGCGCAUUAGUAACGGAUUAUAUCGAAAACGAAAAUCAAACAAUGUGUUGUAGGAUUACCGAGCAGCUUCAAUUAAUGGAAUUGGACGUUUUGUAAAUGAUAUACAACGUUGGAAAACAAGCAUAAAUAGAUUUAUGAAUCAGAGAUAGUUUGCAACCAUCAAUGCCAACGACGGCAAAGUACGCCUGGACGACCCGGCGACCAUAGCAAAUCAUGAAAUGCUACAACAACCCAGCACGACGUCAAACUCGACAUCCUCGUGAGCAACACCAGAAGCACCUUGGAUUUGCAUUUUCUUCUGCUUCUGCCAACGACACCGUUAUCAUCAACGGACACGGCAGGCGUUGCUCGUUAUCACAGCGAUAAAAAAACGGCCCCUCCAGCUUGACAUCUGUAGCGAUACAAAGACCAGGCAGGACAAUCGCAGACUACGGAACAGGAAUAAGGGCGGGAAUAUGCCGAGUCAAAGAUUAUGACUUUGCCCGUGAGUUGAUGUUCAUCCAAUUCGCGUGACUCGGUUGAUGAAGAUUUGCUUCCGCGCUAACAGAACAAUCCAAAAGUGUUGGACUCGACACAGAACGAAAAAAAAGAACCCAGAGUGCAACCGUUGGAAAUUAAGUGCAGAUAGUUGUCAUCUGGUCCCGGUGGCAACGAAAACGACGGAAAGUCUGGCAAUUGUGGUACGUGGUUGGUUGGUCGUUCGUGUCUACGUGGAAUGAAAAUGAAAGACAAAUAAGCUUGGCACCUUGGGUCAACGCGGCGAGGAUGUAUGACCGAGGAAACCAGAAACCAGAUGAAGGGAAAUUAAAAAGCUGGUUUCUCUGGUGACAUCGGGUUUCGGUACACUCGCUGACUGUGGUGCCAGAUGUGAAGUGGCGACUGGCGACAAAAUUUAUACAUUAGUGUUUUAUUUUUUCGAGCCGCCCUGGGACGACACGCCUAACGGAAGGAGCAUCCACCACUCCAUAAUGAAACCGGGAACACGGAAGACUUGCAUGACUAACGACGCUCAUGCAAUGGAAGGGAAAUAGCGAAGCAAAAAAACGUCAGAUUUGCUCCCCAGUGAAGACAGACAGUGAAUUGAAAGCGACGGUUGCAAAAAAGUGAAAAAUGCAAAAAAAUCACAAUUUCCUCGUCAGAGUGAAUUGGAAUGGAAGAAAAACUUUGUUAUUAGCGAGUCAGAGUAUAAAAAAUUAAUUCAAAUUUUCCUUACAAGAAAUUUCUAUUUUCCGUUGGUUUCCGUCGGCGGCAAGGAGUAACAAAAAAAGUGGAUCGAUUUGGUUUCCACAGUGAAAAGUGUUAUUCAAUCACGACAAAAACGAUUGCGACGAUGGGCGGCACACAGAAGGCAAAAUAAAUCAUUGGAAUCAAGUGAAAAAUGAGAAACUCAAUUAGUGACUCGUUAACAAACCUCAGGAAGAAACGUUGAAAACGGUACACGGUGUACUCGAUUGAAGACAAGUGUAGCAGGAAAGUAAGGGAAAAAUGUGGCUUAAUUUAGUGAUUCUGGGCUCAGUGUUAAACAUGUUGCGCCAGGUGAACGGUUGUCCGACUGAUGUCUGUGUUUGCAAGUGGAAGGGUGGUAAACAGACGGUUGAGUGCGGUGGGAAACUGCUCCCAAGGAUACCGGAGGAAAUGGACCCUGGAACGCAGGUUCUGAACUUCUCCGGCAAUUCACUGACGGUGCUUCAAAACGAGCGAUUCAAGAAGUUGGAUUUGAUCAAUCUGCAGAAAAUCUAUUUGGCUAGAAACCAGCUUAUGCGGAUACAUGAAAAGGCUUUCAAGGGGCUAACUAACUUGGUAGAGUUAGACUUAUCCGAGAAUUCGCUAACCGCGGUACCGACGGACACCUUCUCCGAUUAUCCAGCCUUGAUGCGGUUAUCACUGAGUGGAAACCCUAUCCGAACGCUACAAACCAAUGCCUUCAAGCAUCUAUCGUAUCUUACCACAUUAGAGUUGAGCAAUUGUCAAAUCGAGCUAAUAGAAGACGAAGCUUUCAUCGGAAUGGACAAUCUGGAGUGGCUACGGCUGGACGGUAAUCGGAUAACAACCAUACAAGGAAAUCAUGUUCUUCCGGAGAACCUACAUGGUAUCAAUCUACAAGCCAAUCGAUGGCAAUGUGACUGUCGUCUACUGGAUAUUCACACGUGGCUGAACAGCUUCAAUGUUCCACAACGACAAGAAGAGCCCAAAUGCUCAGGCCCAUUACGCUUGGCGGGUCAAGUAAUAAAGACAAUUCCGCAGGAAGACCUAGCUUGUUUGCCCAUCAUCACACCAGACUCAUUGUAUCGUGAGAUAUCGGAAGGACGAAACAUGAGCCUCACUUGCAAAAUAUCCGCCAUCCCUGAGGCCUCCGUAUCGUGGUGGUUUCAGGGUCAACUAUUACAGAACGAUAGUCUAUUGGCUAGCAACCUUCACCUCUAUCAUUACAAUGAAGACUCCGGCGAGGAGAAGCGAAGUGAACUGAUGAUAUACAACAUCAGCCCUGAAGAUAAUGGAACGUUCUCUUGUAUAGCGGAAAAUUCCGCUGGACGUGUACAAGCCAACUACACGCUGCACGUCAUAGUCAAAGAAGAGCCUGUAGUUGAAGAGGUUUCCUUUUCCCAGGAGCACUUUUUGAUAAUCGUUGGAGCCAGUGCGGCUACCGGGUUUCUAUUCUUUCUAACACUUUGUAUCAUCAUCUGUAAAUGUAGUAAACGUAGCAGCAAACGUACCUCGAAUAUGAAAUCUCGUGGAAAACCAGGGUCCGAUACAAAUCCCAACAGCCAAAAAUGCUCAUCUAUCACCAACGAUAUUGGCGAAUCGUUGACCUGCGCAAAAAUAAACGGAACUGUUGCCAUCAGUGAGAGCAACCCACAGGACGUAGUUUUAUACCUUAAUACGGGGGGAAACCUGGAAAAAGCUGGAUUAAGCAAUCUACAGCUAGGAGGACAAGCUCAAUUCUGUAGUCCACCAUCGGCUCGAAGCUAUCAAGAUCAAAACCCGGAUCUAAUCAACGAUGCGGAAAGUGGAAACAAAAUCCGAUCUAGAGCGGAUGCAAUUGACUCCGACGCUGGUGAAAAGGACUCUGACGAGCAAAGCAGUAUUCAGGACGCCAGCAGCGAAGCCAGCUAUCAGCAAAGCUACUUCCAAACGCCCAUGGGUAUCCGACCGAUCGCACCUAGAAUCUCCGCACUUUCAACACUGCCACGAGGAAUCAAUAAGGAUAUGUACCAACAUCAAGUGGACAUACACCUCAGCCCAGGUUGCUUCCUCGAUCAAAACGGCUAUCCCGUCGAUUUGAACAUGAUGGCACAGGGAGGUCCUACUGUAAACUACUAUCGAACACUACCGCACAACCGAGGUCAGAAGGGGCAACAGAACAAAAUCCGCUACUCGAACGACGCCGAGUUCAUCACGCGAACGUCACAAACCUAUCAGCUUUACGGCGCCCCUCCGGACGUACGAUACACGGCCGAAGGUUAUCCCCAGCAGCCGGCGAUUGGCGACGCGACCGGUACCAGUCAAUUUCCAUCGCCUCCGGAGGGCUACAAAGGCGAACCGAUCACCGCUUCGGGAGUGCCACCGCUAGCUUACAUGAACCCACCGGUCGCAUUCUGUGUAGGUCCUUCAACGCCUCAGCAGUGGCCAUCGUUCCUACCGGGCUAUCAUCCCCAUCAGCUAAUAUCAAUGGCGGCCGGUCAGGCAGGCAACGAGUUGAACCGAUAUUUACCUCCACCUGGAAUUGCCGGCGCCCCCGGAAGCAGUAGUCCUUCGGCGCCACCACCAGUCCUGAAGAAAUGCGUCGGUGCUCAAACCGGGGACAUGACCCUGGACAAAGACACCAUUCCGGAGCAGCGGGAAGAAGAGGAGGAAGCCGAACACGAAAACGGCUCGAAGCUGAGGCAUUUAACGGGUCCCUUGGCGGACAGCCCGGACGAGGGCUACGUCGGCGAAGGUCACGAAUCGACGGACAUUUGACAGAAGAUGAAACCUCCGAUUCUGGAGAAAUCCCCCCACGUGCUACACGCUUCCACUACGAUGCAGCUGGAAUCGGACGAUGUACCUUUAUAAUAAGGGGGAAUGAGGUGCGUGACUGGGAUUUGCGUGCGUCGUAUGAUUGCCGGCCGAUAGGAGUGAGAGUAUUUUUGUAAGUGCGAUAUUUUUAACGGAAAAAUCCAAAGCUGAGAGAGAGAAAAAACGAAUGUUGACUGUGUUGAAGGGUUUUGAUGGUUUUGUUGGGAGAGUUGUAAUUGAGAAAAGGGUAAACUUUAAAUCAUAAAUGAUAACCACAACGUAAAGUUAAUGCUAUUUUACUCGUCAAAGUGCAUAGACGGAUUUUACGCCAACUCGACAAAGGGAUUGGCAGCACCCCUUCAGAAUUCAAUGAAACAUUCUGGGUGUGAAGACU